AUGUCGAAUUUACAGGCUGUUCCACAGCCGAGACGUGCUUCCGGGGGGGAGCUUGUCAGGCCAACUACAGCAGCAGUAGACUCUACUGCAGAUAUACAAACAUCCUCACUAAUCCAACUUACCCCGCGAGUAUCUGAAUCUUCCGUACUACCACAGAAAGAGAAGGAGAAAGAAACGAUAGACGAGGAGGAGAAGCGGUGUUGGAUAUGCUAUACAAGCGACGCCGAGGAGGAAGCACCAAAGAGCGAUUGGAAGUCCCCAUGCAGGUGCACCCUCAUAGCUCAUGAGUCCUGCCUGCUUGAGUGGAUUGCAGACCUCCAGAGGUCAGAAAAUAAUAACUCUGGGGGGAAGAUUGCUUGUCCGCAGUGUAAGACACAGAUCCGACUGAAGCAGAAGAGGAGCAUGGUAUUGGAGGUUGUUGAGGGGGCGGGUAGGGCCGUAGGCAAAGCUGUACCGGUCUUGAUACUUGCGGGUGUGGGUUCGGUAGUAUUUGUAGCUUGCACGGUCUAUGGAGUAAAUACAAUAUAUGCUGUCUGUGGACCUGAAUACGCAAAUCGGGUUCUGUUAGGGCCAGAUUCGGAAUUCUCUUGGACCUGGAGGCUUGGCAUUGGUCUUCCCCUCAUUCCUUUCGUACUCGUGGCCUCGCGGACACGAACAUUCGAGUCCGCACUCCCGGUUCUUCCAUUGAUCUUCUUCUGCCACUCGGAUCCACUCUAUAUCUCAUUUCCACCAUCACCCGCCAUCACGCUAGCAUUACUACCAUAUUUAAGGGUAUCGUACAACAGCCUUUGGAAUCGGUUCAUAGGGCCUUAUGAGGAUCGGUGGAUUAAAGAUGUAACGCCAGCGUACGCUCUGGAAAACUCGGAGCAAGAAAACAACCAAAGACGAGCAGAGAACAAUAACAAUGCAAAUGCGCAACGGGAGAGACGCCCUGAGAAUGCUCCGCCGAGGGAAGAGGUUGUAAACGGAUGGGACGGUGAGGUACGCCUCGAGAACCACAACAUAAUUGUACAGGGAAGCAACAUCACAAACAUGAUUCUGGGAGCUCUACUAUGGCCCAGUGUGGCCAGAAUGGUCGGAGAGAACAUUCUGGGGAAAUGGCCCAAGGCUUGGGGUGGAGAUGUUGUAAGGAAAUGCUUACCAGAAGGAGUCGUAAGAAACGUUGUUGGAGGUUUGAUAGCGGUUGUUUUGAAGGACUUCAUUUCUCUGUACUGCAAGUACAAGCGAGCCCAACAAUUCCGCACCCGAAAAGUUAUGAACUACAACGAGGUUAAGAAGGAGAAAGCGGCUGCCGCAGGACGGAGGUAG